UAAGCGUCUUCCCCUUCUCCACCUUAAGGCAAGCAGCAGCGGCAGCGACCAAUCACCAUGCCAUUACAGCCUUCAGAGGAAGCUGUUUAUGGGACUGCCGCGCUAAUUAGGCUCAUGAACUAACAAAUCUGCCUGCACGAACCCGGCGAGGAAAACGAUCACAUCCAUGGAUUAGUCUGGGAGUAGCCGAGCACUUUUUAUUUUGGCUUCCUCGAAGGUGCCGCCGUUUUCCAACUUAUUUACUGCACAGAAACUUUCCCCAUUUCUUGGGUGUGGAGUAUUUUUGAAGCGAGAGCGCCUACGACAACUUCAACUUAAACUGGGGAAUCUGGACUAUCAGACCAUGUUUCAACCUACACCCAAGAGGUGUUUUACUAUAGAGUCUUUAGUGGCCAAGGAUAAUCCUGUACCGGCGUCCCGGUCCGAGGAGCCCAUCAGGCCAGCGGCUCUCAGCUAUGCAAACUCCGGUCAGAUGAAUCCCUUUCUGAACGGCUUUCACUCCGGCGGCAGGGGCGUCUACACUAACCCGGACUUGGUGUUUGCCGAGGCGGUCUCUCAUCCACCAAACUCCGCCGUCCCGGUGCAUCCGGUGGCCCCGCCGCACGCUCUGGCCGCUCACCCCCUUUCAUCCUCACACAGUCCGCACCCUCUUUUUGCCAGCCAGCAAAGGGACCCCUCAACUUUCUAUCCCUGGUUAUUACACAGAUAUAGGUACUUGGGUCACAGAUUUCAAGGUAAUGAAACGAGUCCAGAGAGCUUCCUUUUGCAUAACGCGCUGGCCAGAAAGCCCAAAAGAAUCCGGACAGCUUUUUCACCUUCGCAACUCCUGCGGCUCGAACACGCAUUUGAGAAAAACCAUUACGUGGUGGGAGCAGAAAGAAAACAGCUCGCCCACAGCCUUAGCCUCACAGAAACUCAGGUAAAAGUGUGGUUUCAGAACCGGAGAACGAAGUUCAAGCGACAGAAGCUGGAGGAGGAGGGCUCGGAAUCUCAACAGAAGAAGAAAGGAUCGCAUCACAUAAACCGGUGGAGACUGGCGACUAAACAAGCCAGCCCAGAAGAAAUUGAUGUCACUUCGGACGAUUAAAGAAAGACUAUACAAGUCUGAGUGAAGGAGAACAUGAGUAAAGGACCCCGUGUAGAGACAGUGAGAGGGUAAAAAAGCCAGUUACAUUUCAGAUCUCCGGAUAUUGGCAGCUGAGGGUGAGAGAAACCUAAAUGGUGGAACUGCUGUCACCACGUGGGUCUGUCAGUCCAGAUGACCCAAGAAAAUGUGACUGACAGUGUCUCCGUCCACCUACCUUCCACGCAUCAACCACCACCACUACAAUCACCUCAUCUGCCACCAACUAAUUAUUUUUUUCUCCAAAUAAUAUUGAACGUUUGCACUUCAGAAGAUUAAAAAAGUUUCACUCAAGAUACCAAAACACCAAACUGCUUUUGUAAAACUUGAACUGCAUGGUAUAGAGUUUUCCUGGUAGUUGUUUUAAUUUGACAGGUUUUCUCAACCCAAGGAAAAAAAAAAAAUCCAUUAUGUUUUUACCUCUAUUUUCAAACUGAGAGAUGUCGUGCUUCUGCCUUUUUACAAAGUGUGCAGUCUUUAAUUAAUGAUUCUCGUGUAAAAGUGAUUGUGAAACCAUAUGAAGUAGCGGUGCUGCGUUAUAGUGUUUUUUUAAGAGAACUAAAAGUGAAUUUGGAUUUAAAGAAGGUGGGGAAUCAGACCACAGAUAAAGUACUUAAAGGGGAGGUAUCAGGACAUUCCUUUAACCUAAAGCUUUACCAAUGUGUCGCUUUGGCCCCAAGCAGCCUACUGUCAGAACUUGACCCACCGG